AUGGCCACGGCCGGAGCGCUGGCGGGUCUGGUCGCGGGCUUGCAGGGCCCGCAGGUCGUCCCCAGCCCGGAUUCGGACUCAGACACAGACUCGGAGGACCCAAGUACCCGGCGCAGCGCAGGCGGGCUGCUCCGCUCGCAGGUCAUCCACAGCGGUCACUUCAUGGUGUCAUCGCCGCACAGCGACUCGCUGACCCGGCGGCGAGACCAGGAGGGGCCCCUGGGGCUCGCCGACUUCGGGCCGCGCAGCAUCGACCCCACACUCACCCGCCUCUUCGAGUGCAUGAGCCUGGCCUACAGUGGCAAGCUGGUUUCCCCCAAGUGGAAGAAUUUCAAAGGCCUCAAGCUGCUGUGCCGGGACAAGAUCCGUCUCAACAACGCCAUCUGGAGGGCCUGGUAUAUCCAGUAUGUGGAGCGGAGGAAGAGCCCCGUGUGUGGCUUCCUGACCCCCCUGCAGGGGCCUGAGGCUGAUGAGCACCGGAAACCGGAGGCCGUCGUCUUGGAGGGGAAUUAUUGGAAGCGGCGCAUCGAGGUGGUGAUGCGCGAGUACCAUAAGUGGCGCAUCUACUACAAGAAGCGGCUCCGUAAGUCCAGCAGGGAAGGGGAUCUCCUGGCCCCAAAGCAGUUGGAAGGGGGGUGGCAGCCACCGGAGCGAUGGUGCGAGCAGCUCUUCACCAGCGUGGUGCCCGUCCUGCUGGCGGGCCCAGAGGAGGAGACCGGCGGGCGGCAGCUUCUGGAUCUCGAUUGCUUUCUGUCCGACAUCUCCGACACACUCUUCACCAUGACUCAACCCGGCCCUGCACCCCUGCAGCUGCCCCCCGAGGACGCCUAUGUCGGCAACGCUGACAUGAUCCAGCCGGACCUGACGCCUCUGCAGCCCAGCCUGGAUGACUUCAUGGAGAUCUCAGGUGGGGCAGGCCCCUCCCCCUGG